CGCUGUUGGGUCAGUGCCGUACCGUCCGUUCAUAAAAACCGUGGCCGGAGCAGCCGGAGAGGAGAAGCCCGGGGCUUCACCUGUACCUAUUCACUUAAAGAUCACAUCCGUUCUGAUGAACCAGCGAACCGACCUGGCAUCCGAGUACUUGUCCACCUGAUCCUGUUCGACUUCAGCGACCCGAAUUCAUGUCCUCACGGUCCAAUUCACCCUCUACUGAAUCACUACCAGGAAUCGCGAGCGCGGCUUCGGUCAGCCAUCCGUCCAGACAUCCGCUGCUUGUUGGUAAACACGGAUCCCGGCGGCGAGGACUCGCGCUCGAGCAUUGAUGCACCCGUUCCAGUGGUGUAACGGGUGCUUCUGUGGUCUGGGACUGGUUUACUCCAACAAGUCUUGCACCAUGCCGCCCAUCACCUUCCAUGACCUGCCUCUCAACAUCUACAUGGUCAUCUUCGGCACAGGCAUCUUCGUCUUCAUCCUCAGCCUCAUCUUCUGCUGCUACUUCAUCAGCAAACUCAGACAUCAAGCACAAAGUGAGCGGUUUGGCUACAGAGAAGUGGUUUUGAAAGGAGAUCCAAAGAAGUUGAACCUUCACGGGCAGACGUGUGCCGUCUGUCUGGAGGACUUCAAAGUGAGGGAUGAGCUGGGAGUGUUGCCAUGCCAACAUGCCUUUCACAGGAAGUGUCUGGUGAAGUGGUUGGAGGUCCGUUGUGUCUGCCCCAUGUGCAACAAACCCAUAGCAGGACCCCCGGAGCAGCACCACAGCAUCGGGACUCUGCUGGAUGAACUGGUGUAGCCGGCCUGGAGGAGCUGGAACACUUUUGUAUUAAGAGGGCAGGGGACCUCAUUUUGGCUGCACAACUGCGGCUUCACACCGACGUUACGAUAGCAAGAUGGGGUAACCUAGAUACCACCAGGAGAGAUAAAGGAUGCUGUUGCCAAGCAACCAACCCUUGGAUGGCAAACGACACCUUGCGGUGUCAGAAUGAAUAUUCGGCACCGCCCACUCAUCACUCCUGCACUCUUCUUUCGACGUUCCCCUCUUCACUGAUUCCCUCUUUUCUUGUCACCGGGAGGAGAGCUCAUGCCUCAAGGAGCGGAGGAGACCAAAGAGUGUACUGCCAGAGAGCCUGUGAGCACCGACAGCACCGUUCUAAAUAGAUAACAUAGAAGGAAUUUGGACAACAGUUUGUUGUAGGUAGCUGAAGCGCUGAGAGGGAAGUGAGUUAAGCCAGCAGAAGUUGUGGAACGUUCUAAUGAACUAAUGCACUUAAUGCAGUCUCUGCGUGAGGAUGCUGAUUCUGAGGCACGCAUGUAACUCUAGCUCAGUGCAGAUAGCAUCCAAUAAAUGUUUCAAAAUUGGACUAUAUAUCGUUUUUUCUCAACUAACAAGAUUUAGCUGAUGUCCAAAAAUAGUUCUGAUUUAUAAUUGUGGUAAUAAAGCUCAGAUAACUUCCCAGACAAUCCCAGACAGACAGAUUAUUGCAUCAUACCGAGUCAUACUCACCCGUGUUACAACACAUGUUUACAGUAAAUAAGCUAACAUAUAGAAUCCAAGGUUUCGGAUAGAAUACCUCCUAUUGUAGUGUUCUACUGUGAGGUAGCUUCAUGGCAGAUUGCUGAGAUCUUUCUAAGGUUAUCUGAGAUGUUGUUGCAGCAAAGGUUUGGCAAUAAUUACUCAUAAAUUCUCUGUAACGUAUUUCUUUAACUCAUUCGUCAAAUGCCCAACUUGCCUGUGCGUAAUGUCGCGGGGGCAAUGGCACCAUCUGCUGGCAGGGCCAUGUCACUGUCAGGUUUUUACGCGCCCAAAUCUUUGGCAGCAGUUACUAACAAGCGUUUGCAAUCGCGGAUUAUUUAUGUAUUUACAACACUUUUUUUUACAAUACUAGUCCCGUAUGUCCGUUAGUGGUGGUCUCCAAGGGAACGAUUAAGUCAAGAAUGUUCAUAACAGAGCUCUAACAAACACUUUUCAUACUUCAGUUCAGGAUUGAUCUUCUGGCCCGCGCCUGUGUUUCCUCCACUAUUUUCCUGUUUGGAUGUUUUUCCCCAGUUGAGUGAAAGUCGGUGUCUCACACAGGUCCGUGGUUCAAGUAGAAUGUUUCGGUGUUGCACUUUUUUCAUUGUAUUUUAAAAUUCUUGCACCGAAGGCCGAAUCAUUUUUAUUGGGUCUGUGAUGGACCAGGGUGGAGCUUUAUCUGAAGAACAGGGGGGAGGAGGUGUUGGAGUGUCUCUCUGUCUUUGUACUGUGAAUUUGCCAUCGAAGCAACUCUCACUCAGUGUCUGACGUGGUGUCAUUUGGUUCCAGGUGCACAGUCUAACGUGUAGAAGCAUCACACUGCCUAAACUGAGCACAGCACUCACACAAGCACAGGUUUAGAAGUCACGCGUGUCCGACUGUGGUUUGCUAAAACAUGCCUUUCCCCUUUUGUGACCACGUUCCAUAUUUUGUAAGUCAACUGAUGUAAAUAACUUGGAACAAUAAUAAAAUUGU